UCGGGGCGCCUCGUGAUGUCACGGCAGCUUUGAUACAAAGAGCCCUUCGGCCCACGCGGGUCUCCCGGCAACGGGCGCGGGUGGGGGCGGGGCCGGCGCCUUCAACUGGUGCGGAAAGCGAGCGAGCGGCCGCGGCGCGGCGGGGAUCGUCUCUGCGCUCCCCGCGCUGCCCGCCGCGUCCCUGCCGGCCCGCGCCCGCCCUCUCCUCGCCCCUCCGCAGCUCACCGACUCGCCGCCACACGGGGGAUGCGCACCCCGCCCGCCCCCGGGGGCCAGGGCAGCGAGGUGUCAGGCCCGACCUUUGCUGAUGGCGAGCGCCUCCCCAGGGUCCCCGGCUUCUUUCCUGAGGACGAGGAGGAGGCUAUGACACUGGCCCCACCCGAGGGCCCCCCAGAGUCAGACAUGGACAGCCCCAUGGAGAGCACCCAGAGUCUGGAGGGGUCAGUUGCCGAGGAGAAGGAUGGAGGGCUUGGGGGCCUGUUCCUGCCGGAGGACAAGUCCUUGGGCCACACUCCGUCCAUGACCACGUCAGACCUCUCCACGCACUCCACCACCUCGCUCAUCAGCAACGAGGAGCAGUUUGAAGACUAUGGGGAGGGGGACGACGUGGACUGUGCCCCCAGCAGCCCCUGCCCCGAAGACGAGACCAGGACCAAUGUCUACUCAGACCUGGGAUCUUCAGUGUCUUCCAGUGCGGGGCAGACUCCUAGGAAAAUGCGGCACACCUACAACAGUGAAUUGCUGGAUGUUUACUGCUCUCAGUGUUGCAAGAAAAUCAACCUGCUGAAUGACUUGGAAGCCCGACUGAAAAACCUGAAGGCCAACAGCCCUAACCGGAAGAUCUCUAGCACAGCCUUUGGACGGCAGCUCAUGCAUAGCAGCAACUUCAGUAGCAGUGACGGCAGCACUGAGGAUCUGUUCCGGGACAGCAUUGACUCCUGUGACAACGACAUCACGGAGAAGGUGAGCUUCCUGGAAAAAAAGGUGACUGAACUGGAGAAUGACAGCCUGACCAAUGGGGACCUGAAGAGCAAGCUGAAGCAGGAGAACACGCAGCUGGUGCACAGGGUGCACGAGCUGGAGGAGAUGGUGAAAGAUCAGGAGACCAUGGCCGAGCAGGCCCUGGAGGAGGAGGCACGGCGGCACCGUGAGGCCUACAGCAAGCUGGAGAGAGAGAAGAACACGGAGAUCGAGCUGCUCAAUACCAGGGUACAGCAACUAGAAGAGGAAAAUGCAGAGCUCAGAACAACAGUGACCCGGCUCAAGGCACAGACGGAGAAGCUGGACGAGGAGCGGCAGCGCAUGUCCGACCGGCUGGAGGACACGAGCCUGCGGCUCAAGGAUGAGACAGACCUGUACAAGCGCAUGAUGGACAAGCUGCGGCAGAACCGCCUAGAGUUCCAAAGGGAACGGGAGGCGACGCAGGAGCUCAUCGAGGACUUGCGGAAGGAGCUGGAGCACCUGCAGAUGUACAAGCUGGACUGCGAGCGGCCAGGCAGGGGUCGCAGCUUGUCCUCUAGCCUGGGCGAGUUCAGUGCCAGGGCCCGCGAGGUGGAGCUGGAGCAUGAGGUCAAGCGGCUCAAGCAGGAGAAUCAUAAGCUGCGGGAUCAGAAUGAUGACUUGAAUGGACAGAUCUUGAGCCUCAGCCUCUAUGAAGCAAAGAACCUCUUUGCUACCCAGACCAAAGCCCAGUCUCUGGCUGCAGAAAUAGACACAGCCUCUCGCGAUGAGCUCAUGGAAGCCCUGAAGGAGCAGGAGGAGAUCAACUUCCGGCUGAGGCAGUACAUGGACAAGAUAAUCCUUGCCAUCCUGGACCACAACCCCUCCAUCCUUGAGAUCAAACACUGAGACAAAGGAUGGCUGCAGAGCGGCCUUGGGGACCCUCAGACCCCGGGCCCUGGGACCAAGGGGCAGACCCCGCUUGAGGAUGCGGCCCAAGCCGGGCCUCACACACACACACACACACACACGCGCGCGCGCCGCGCACACACACACACGCACACACACACUGUAAAUGUAUCUCUGGCCACCAUGUCGUGUGUACUGGUGUGUAUGUGGAGGAAUCCAUGCACGCAGCAAGGCGUGAGUGUGGGGCAGUGGCCCUGGGUGACCUCUGUACCGUCCCUGUGCACGCACUCCGUGGCCCCUUUGCAAGGGCAGAUGGUCCUGGAGGUGGGAGGGGCAAGGUCUGCGAUCAGGAGUUACUGUAAUAACAAGAACUGGAAGGUGGUGUUUCAGACACCAGACAAAAAUGAUUCUACCUCUGGGGAGAAGGAUUAAAACACGCUCUAGUGAGACAGGCUCUUUCACCCCACCCCUGUUCCCUCUGGGAGUGGGAGCCAAUUUCUGAUCUUUUCCAGGAGUUCAAAUGCCCAACAGCUGCAUCCUCCCCAACCUCUGUGGCCACCUUUGAAGCCUAGGUGCUCAGGCUCUGAAAAGAUGAAGGGGCCCUCCCAGAGCCCCUCCCCGGCUGGCAGCCCCCCGCUAUCCUUGGGCACUGUGUGUCCAAAGGACUCAGGCUUGCAGAGGAGCUAAUGUGGGGCGACCUUCAUUCUAAGAGUUCUUGGUAUUUUAGAGUUCUCUGUACACUUCCCCAUCCUUGCUUACCUACCUCUUUCUGUUUUAUUUUUAAGACCAUGAAAAAUAAGCAGCAUUUAACUUGGGGGUACAAUGAAGAGAUUCAAAAGAAGGAGACGGGGGGAGCUGGGGGCCAGGGGUGUCUAAAGUACGUGUUGGCAUUGGGCAUCCAAAGACCUGCUUUUCAGGGAGGAGCAUGCUCACACCCCUGUUCGUUUCCUUCCCUCUGGCUGCAUUUUACCAGAAGAGAAGAAAAACACGGAGGGACUGUUUCCAUGGCAUCGGCGGGCAAGGAGUGGGCCUUGCUGCCCAGCUCCCAGUCUCCACACGGCCUGGGGAUUCUGAGCUCUGGGCUUAGCUCAGCUGGGUGUCGAGGGCCCCGGGUUCCAACUGUUAGAAACACUCUUGCAUUCUGCUCUCAGCCAGGCACGGUGUGCCGGUGAGAGACACAGUUGGGGACGUUGUAGGGAAACCUUAGUUUUCCAUCCUCAGUGGCACGUGGUGGAAAUGCACACUCUGGACUUUUAAUGUGAUCUUUUGUUCUAGGCAGCUGGGAGUAGAUAGGGUACUUUGAGCCUUCCAGUUUAUCUCAGUGGUACAUGGCUUGUGAUUCGUUUCCUUAAUCCAAGUAUAUUUGAACAUGUACGGUCUUAAUCUUUUCCCCUGCAGUUUCUUCUUGUCUUCAGUUCUGGUGUAAAAAGGAAAGUUUGGGCAUG